CCUUGCCCCUAGCAGAAAGUUUGCUCUCUCCCCUCCCCACCCGCCUGCUGUCGCGGCAGGAGGCAGCUCGCAGCCUGGCGCUGGCCCCGGAGUCCCCGCUCCUGCUUAAUAUUCCGCCUGCUCCGCCGAUGUUGUGCUUGGCUCCGGUGGGACUGCAACUCACGGCUUGAAACCGGAGCCAAUUUUCUGUCUUAGUCUCGCAGUGUUUUGACUGGAGGCAGAUCCAGUUCAGUCCGAUCGGGGCUAGUGGAAACAACUACCUAAGACUCUGCUGCCUGUUUCGUUUGGGAGGGAAGAAAGAAGAAAAGGAAGGCGAUCCCGAACUCCUGGGCGCGCUCUCUCGCACACACGCACCCCCCUGCACACACACAGACACGCACGCACACACACACACAGGCACCGGCACCGCAGGCACGGGCGCGCACACGCACACACACACACGCACGCACCCCCCGAGACUUGCAGACCCCUGGGUGCCGUGCCAGCCCCGCCGGGAGAGGAUGGGAAAGGAGUGAGCGGAUCCGUGCCGGUGCCGGCGCCCGCGAUGACCCUGGUGCUGCCCAUGCAGCGGCUGGGCCGCCCCAUCGCCGCCGAGGGAGCUGCCGACCUCGCCGCCUACCGCGCCCUUUGGCAGCCGCCCUGCUGCAGCCGAUCCGGCCCCGGCCCUGCUCCCACCGCCCCGGCCCCGCCGCCCCCGGCCCCGCCGGCCCCAGGGACCCCCGCCGCAGGAUCGCAUUACAGGGAAAUUUCAAAUCCUGUAACAACAUCCAAGAUCACAUACUUUAAAAGGAAGUAUGUGGAAGAGGAGGAUUUGCAUCCACCGCUCAGCAGCUGUACACAGAAAACCAUCUCUGUGUUUGAGGAGCGGGCCCACAUUCUUUACAUGUCUUUGGAAAAGCUGAAAUUCAUUGAUGAUCCUGAAGUCUACCUGCGGAGAUCCGUCCUCAUCAACAAUCUAAUGAAGAGAAUCCAUGGAGAAAUCAUUAUGCAGAACAACUGGUGCUUCUCCACCUGCUCCUUCAGUGGCACCUCGCCACAAGAGUGGUUUGUGCCUCAGGACUGUCCCUACAGAAAGCGCCUCCGGAUGGCAAAAGAGGAAUAUGAGAAGCUCCACACGUGCUGCUUCUAUCAAGAGUGUGGCAGUCACUAUUUAAAUCUACCCUACUCUGUUAAUACUAGUACAGAAAAUACUUCCUCCUCUUCCUUCUCCUCCUCCUCCUCCCUCCCCAUUUCUUUGCCAAGCUGUUCCCAGCAGGUGGACUAUGACAUUGGCAGCGCCGCUUCCUACAGGAGCGAUGACCAGAUACCUGCUAAUGAAAUAUUCAUCACAAAUGCCAGGUCUCUCAGUAAUCAGGAAAAGGCAAAAUUUACUGAUGAGAAAGAAGGUAAUGAACCUGAGCGAGAGAGUGUCACCCUAAACUGUGAACCCGUAAGAGGCAGCCAUGCUCUCGAAUGUAAAGACAAAUUCUAUGACUAUUUUGAGACUGGAUGUAAUGACAAGAGCAACAUGAGUGAAUCUUGGAAAAAAUCCUUAAGGAAAAAGGAAUCUUUACCAAGUAACAAAACGUGCUGCAGCAAAGGAAGUAAAAUAUGAGGCAUCUUUCUUGCUCUGUAGAAGCAUGCGCAGCAUGUUUGUUCGUCUAUCAAAUUUUUAUUUUGAAUGGAUUUUUUAUAGUUUUCUACAAAUGAUACAAUCGUGCCACAAACAUUACAAGUAGUUUUAAAUGAUGGAGAGCAGAUUGCAUCAAGUGUCUCUGUGAUCUGCAUCAGUGGGCUAUUUAUAAAUACGGAGACUUCAUAAAGGACGCAGUUGUGUUAUUGUUUAGCACUGUAGUCUGUGCAGCCAUGGUGUAGCUUUCGUUACUGAAAAUAUCAAUCAGCCAGAUGGGGAAAACAUAUCGUUUUAUAGAUCCCCACCCCCAAGAAGUCUGCCAUUAAUUAAGAAGAACCUCCAUUGUGUUUACCAAGGAAUUAGAAGUCUGGUACAUAAAUAGAUGCUACCAGCGAGGGUGAUGUGCUCCUCUUAACUCAGUAUUUGUUUUGACAAAGGACUGUCUACAUGGACUGGGAAUAAACCAUCCUUACCUUUUGUACUGGUACUCUUGAAUUCCUGGAUUCAGCGUCUUGUUCAACUGACAAAAUGGGACAUAGCAUAAAGAAAUAACCUGUUUGUGGGAUCUGAAUCAGAAGCACAACAUGCAGCUCAAGUACUUGCACGAUUUCACCUCGGCUUUAGUAACUAAUGAGGCUUGUUGUUACACGGGGCAGGUUUUUUUUUGGUGCCUUACUUUCUGUCUUAAUUUUUGCCAGCGUGAAAAUUAAGUAAAAAUCAGUGAUACAGCAGGGAUUUAACCUAAAUAGAGAAAAAAAAAAAACAACCAACCCACAGGUGGAUCAAUAUUAUUAGAAACCUUUAACCUUUGAAGUACUGAGUUCAACUUCCUAUUCAAACAUCUCUGUUCUUCCUUUUUGAUGCUCAAUUGCUUUUUGAUUUGCCAUCCUUAGGAAGGGAUUUAAGAAACAAUAGAGAGAUGUCUCUUGUAAACAAGCAUUCGAUGCUUGAGUGUUUCUAUGGCAACUGACUGUUGCUGGGACUUUUUUUUUUCUUUCUUCGUAUAAUGAAGUUCAUGAACCAGUGGCAUGUUUUAUACUUUAUUCUGUUUCGCAUAAUUUCUCUCUUUUAGAUUGCAAAAGCAUGCGGGAAUUUUUCUAUGACUUUUGCUGUUGAUUUCAAAAAAAGAAAGCAAAAAGCACAAUGUUAACCGAUAAUGUGGCGGUAAACCAUGAUUUUAUCUCAAUGAAUGUAAAGGGUUUAAUUUUUAAAAAGAACAUUUUGGAGAAAUGAGCUGAGAUUUCAGUGGCUAAGGACAACAUUUAGUCAUCCCUAGGUAGAGCAUUUGCAAAAGUGUGCUGUUUAAAGUGCCCAUUAAUUGGGUUUGGACCCAGAGUAUUGCUAGUCUUCGAUCCACCAAAUUAAUUAGUUCCCACAGUCCCCAUAACAACUGGCAGGAUGUGCUCGGCAAAAUAGCCACAUCCAGGCCGUGGCUGACUCAUAAUAGCUGCCUGUUUCCACAGCAUCGUGCAUCCAAGUGACAUCUUGUCUGCUUGGUUCUUGUCCAAAGGCUGAAAUCCACCUCUGUGCUGGGGGAGCAGCCAGCUUGGCACAGGGCACGAGGGUCCCUGGGAGGCACCACCCUGAGCUGCUUGGAGCUGGAGUCAGGCAGGUCAGUGACCUCCUACUCUGGGUUUCACAGGUUCAGCCUGGUUAUUUUGGGUAAACUUACACCCCAUAGUUCACUUUUGCAAACUGGACUGGUUUUGUGACUAAGCCCAGGGGUCACAGGAAAAAGCUUCCCUACCAACCAAAGUGACCACAAAGAGAGUAUCUAGGAUAACCUUUAUGUGGUCGGAUGAGCUGGAAUUGACAAGGGUUUGUAAGGGUUAUAAUUUUGAAGAGCAACAAAGUAUAAAUCCCACCUGAUUUCUCCAAGACAGAAGCUUUUUUAUUAAUAAUAAUAAUAUUAAAUAUAGAUCUCAUUCAUACAGUGUAUGAGUAGGAUCAUCAUUUAGACAUUUGUCCACAAGGACCAAUUUUUUUUUAAAUGAUUUUUCUUGUGUUAUAUCCAGAUAGUCUAGUAAUGUCUGCUCUUUUCCAAUAUUUGAUAAACAUUUGAUGUUUUAAGCUUAAUUAUUAGAUGCUUGUAUACUAAUGUGUUGUUGUAGUAAAGUGACAUUUCCUUGAUAUAUAUUUAUUAAAAUGACCAAAAUUCAUUUUAAUUUUA